UCCUUCCUCCUCUUCCUCCUCCUCCUCCUCUUCUCUUUCUGGAUAUUCCCCUUCGCCUUCAUGCUGCCUCCGGACUCCAAACUCCGCAGCCAAGUGGGCGCUGCGCUCCAGCACUCCGGGGUCCAUGCGCCCCUGCCCCAGCUCCCUCGCUCGCCCUGCCGCCUCUGCCCUGCCCUGCCCUGAUCCAGCCGGGACCCCAGAGUCAGACGGCUGCUGCUGCCACCCCCUCCCCAGCCCUAGCCCAGCCAUGGGCUCUUCCCACUCGAUCUCCGAGGAGACCCGGCAACUCGCCCACAAGACCGGCUUCACUACGGAUCAAAUUGAGAACUUACACCGGCGAUUUAAGCAGCUGAGCGGAGACCAGCUAACCAUCCGCAAGGAGAACUUCGAUCGUGUUCCUGACUUGGAAUUCAACCCAAUUCGGUCGAAAAUUAUCCAAGCCUUUUUUGACAAGAGGAAUCUGCGGGGAGCCUCGGAGGGUUUUGUGGACGAGAUCAACUUCGAGGAUUUUCUGACCAUCAUGUCCAACUUCCGCCCCAUCGAGUUGAAUAUGGACGAAGAGCAGCUGGACCGGUUCAGGAAGCAGAAGUUGAAAUUCCUCUUCCACAUGUACGAUGGAGACAGCGACGGCAAAAUCACCUUGCAGGAAUACAGGAAUGUGGUCCAGCAGAUGCUCUCGGGAAACCCACACCUGGAUAAGGAAUCCGCGAGAUCCAUAGCAGACGGAGCCAUGAUGGAGGCUGCUAGCAUCUGCGUGGGACAAAUGGAGCCGGACCAAGUCUACGAAGGGAUCACAUUUGAUGAUUUCCUGAAGAUAUGGGAAGGCAUCGACAUAGAGACCAAGAUGCACGUUCGCUUCCUCACGCUGGAACCCAUGGCGCUCUGCUACUGACGGCGGCGGAGUAGCUACAACCGGGUGGUGGGGAGGCUUUGGAGGAGAUGGCCAGGGGCUUGUUUGGUUGGGUGGGAGGGCCAACGUGUCUGAUGGAGCAGCUGCCACGGAGCCACAAAGUUCAGACCAGCCACAUGGAUGGAUUCCCAUCUUGGGUUGAAGACCAACUCUUCUGGCCUCCAGUAAAAGGACCUCAGUUCUGAUGCAA